AUGUCUAAGAAAAUAACAUUUAAUUAGAUAAUAAGUGUCAUAGGUGAUUUGCAUCAUUAGACACUUUUGUCACCUGUUAAUCAAAAAUCUGAGAAAAGAUUAAAAAAGGUUACUUUUGAUAAUUAAGCACUUUAUCUUUAAUUUCGAGCAACUGAUUGUCCUCUUGAGGUGAAUUCGACUCUCUAAAAACAUCUUAACUAAGGAUCGAUUUCAGUACUCACUUAUCCAUGA